CAAGACAGUGAACAACGACAAGAAGCAAGUACAAGUUGCUUCAGUACCAUGGUCGGAACACCAUUCACAUUUCUUACAUUCGACCGUCUCUACACACAAACCCUUUGAUCUCAAAUCCAUUUUUUUCGGCCAUGGAAUCCCAAUCCCACCACCUUCACUUCGUCUUGUUCCCUCUCAUGGCUCCAGGUCACAUGAUCCCCAUGAUCGACAUCGCCAAACUCCUCGCACUCCGCGGCGUCAUCGUUUCCAUAAUCACAACACCCCAGAACGCGAUCCGGUUCGGCUCCACAAUUGCCCGCGCUGUGAAAUCCGGGCUGCUAAUCCGAAUCGUCGAAAUCCGUUUCCCGGCGGUGGAAGCUGGGUUGCCGGAAGGAUGCGAGAAUCUCGACGCUCUCCCUUCACUGGGCAUGGUCAUCAACUUCUUUGCCGCGCUCAAUUUGUUGCAGAAAGACGUAGGCAAGGUGUUCGACGAAAUGACUCCUCGGCCGAGCUGCAUAAUCUCCGACAUGGGCUUGCCUUGGACGACCCAAAUCGCCGAAAAGUUUGGAAUCCCGAGGAUCGUGUUCCAUGGAACCUGCUGCUUCUCCCUUCUCUGCUCGCACAACGUUCGGUCCUCGCAGAUUCUUGAUUCCGUUGAAUCGGACACGGACUACUUUGAGGUUCCGAACCUGCCCGAUCGGAUCAUGUUAAGGAAAUCGUGGGUUGGUAAUUCAAUGGCCAAGAAAUCGGCCGCCUUGAAAGAAACCACCGAUCAGAUAUUAGCAGCGGAGAAGACGUCUUACGGUGUGGUGGUGAAUAGCUUCGAGGAUCUCGAACCGGAGUACGUGAAGGGGUACAGCAAGGCCAAAGGCGAAAAAGUAUGGUGCAUCGGCCCCGUUUCGCUCUGCAAUAAAGAUAGCCUCGAUUUAUCCGAAAGGGGCAACACUUCAUCCAUUAACGAUCAAGAUUGCUUGAAAUGGCUCGACUCGCACGAGCCCAAAUCCGUAAUUUACGCGAGCCUCGGCUCGUUAGCUCGUCUCACAACAGAACAAAAAGCAGAGCUAGCGCUCGGUUUAGAGGCGUCGAACAGGCCUUUCGUAUGGGCAUUGGGUGGAGGCAAACUAGAAGCAUUCGAGGAAUGGAUAUCGGAAAACGGGUUCGAAGAAAGGACUAAAGACAGAGGGUUACUCGUCCACGGGUGGGCCCCGCAGGUGCUGAUUCUCGCGCACCGGGCGGUGGGCGGAUUCUUGACGCACUGCGGGUGGAAUUCGACGCUCGAAGGGAUAUCGGCGGGUGUGCCGAUGGUGACGUGGCCAUUUUUCGCGGAUCAGUUUUGCAACGAGAAAUUGGUGGUUCAGUUGCUGAGAACUGGAGUGAGCAUCGGAGUGGAAGUGCCGGUUAAGUGGGGAGAGGAGGAGAAGAGUGGCGUGGUGGUGACGAAGGAUGAUGUCACUAAAGCUUUGGAUUUGGUGAUGGAUGACGGAGACGAAGGUGAAGAGAGGAGGAGAAGGGCGUGUGAGAUUGGAGAAACGGCGAAGAAGGCAGUUGAAGAAGGUGGUUCUUCUUAUUUGAACAUAACGUUGUUGAUUGAAGAAAUCAAGGCAAAAAUAAUCAAGUGAUGGAGAAUGCAGUUUGUUGGUUGUAAUGCUUUUUUUGUCUGGAUAUUUUUACUAUGUUUUUAUGUGGUGUGAAAAUGUGUUUGUUUUUGUUAAGGGUGGAAAUUGGAAUGUAAUUUCCGAUUCCCGCCGAUUCUGAUCCGAAAUUUUCUGAUUUUGGAACAAUAUGUUACAUUCCGAAUUCCGACUUCCAAUUUUUCCGAAAUUAUUUGGAUCGGAAUUGGAAUAUAUAUUAGAUUAUGAUUUCCGAUU